UGGACUAGCAUGGGUGGUACGAGUACGUUCACAAUAAUUUUCUACUUUUAUCGAACAGUAUUCCUACUUUCGUCCACUACGAUACGACAGCGGAUAAAACAUCACGCAACACACCAACCUCAGGGACCAACAGGGAAACACAAGCUGGCUCAAACUGGCAAAAUGAUGGCUGCUUCGAGAUUACUGAUAGGACUUUGGGGUGCUUCGUUUGGGGUGAACCUUUUUGCGACCCUUGGGUCCUUGGUCUUUAUCAACUGCUUUCGGUCCAAGCCAAUCAUUGCAAUGGGCCAACCUACGAUGCUAUCGGUGCUUUGCCUUGGAGCCUUGUUGCACAUCGCCGCGACCAUCUGCUGGGUGUUACCGGGGUCAAUGUGCAUCGUGGACCUCGAGCCGAAAACUAUGGACGUCCUUUGCGAGAUAGACGACUGGCUGUAUUUCCUCGGUUCCAUAGUUAUCUUCACGGUUCUGCUCUGCAAGCUCUACCGGGUGCACAAAUUGACCCAAUUCCGCCGCCACCGACCAAUACUCGCAAGUCACCUUCUCUUUGGACCCUUUGCAGUAGUUUUGUCGCUUGCGGUCGCACUGAUGGCCGCCUCGCAAAUCCUGUAUCCGACCGACCACUCGGUAAUCAGUAUUGAGGAUGUCAACGCUACCACCAUCGGAGGCAUUGCUUGUCAAACGACGGAUACUCAAACAAUCGAAUUUUGUCCGGUCUUUGAUGGCGGACUGUGGUCUGGUCAUUUUUAUUUUCAGUGCGUCAAAAACAUCAUCUUGUUCCUGAUUCAAAUAGGCAUCCUCGUCUUCGCGUGGAAACUCAGGACCUUCAACGAAGAACUCGGGGACGCCAAGCACGUGAUGUGGCUCAUUAUCUCUCAGAAGAUCGUAGGAAUUGUGUGUUUGGGCCUAGUUCUAUGGGCGAAUAGCGAGAUUAAGGAAUUCCGCUACGAAGUCUACCUGGUGGGGGUUGUCGCGUUUACUGUCUGGAAGUUCUAUUACGUCUUUUCGACAAUCGCAUUUAUGGUGUUCCCACGGAUCUAUCUGGUGUGCUACGAGCUCGUCCGCGGGAAAUUGCCAGACUCGGUCCAGCUAUAUGGGGCAGGCCAGGUGCAUGUAGUGGUAGACUCUGAUGACAAGCAGAACGUUACUCAACCAUAGGAACGAAACUCCAUGGAACAGCUCAACACGCACAAAAGAAGGACCAAAGGCAACUACGAGUGACUCCACGGGCUCCUUAUUCUCUCUCACUAUCACAGAAAAACGAAUAUAGUUACGAACGGAGCCUCUUCGUUGACUGCUGGAGAAACCUAUUCUGAAUAUCAUUUCCAAGGUUGAAAUUGACGGUCGAAGCGAGCCCGUGGUGCUAUUGUCGGGAUGGAAUUGCGAUGAUAGGCAUUCCAAAGACUCCGCGAAAUGAAUCAAUAUCGCAAGCAUAACCGCCCAGUUCAGCUAUUUGAGCAGCCCCCUCGCCGGCCAAAGAGCACAACUUCUCACAAUCGCAUUCCCGAGUUAAGUCCUUAGAAUUAUACGACGCAAUAAUGUUUGGUCUAAUUUGGACCUACUAAUGUCAAAGCUGUUGUAUUUUCUCUUCGAGUUCAAGCAUACAACCAGCAACAGAGCACGUAGCACCAUAGGGUACUGGUACCGUGUGAUCAAUGCAUCCAGCCACUAUUUAUUUUUUCCUAGUACAAAUCCCCACUCGGAUGGUUGCAACAUGUGUACAUUCUUUGUUGCCUUGCAACAUCUUUCCCUACAUUUCCAACCAGCACUGAAUAUUUUUUACUACGAUUGAUGCAUCGCUAUUCCCAGAAAGGUUACUACAAAUUAUUAGAACAAUAUUUAAGAUGAUUAUGUAUUGACCACACAUUAUUAUACCAC